UGUAUAGUUUGUUUGUUCUGAGACCUAUGAACACAACCGAAUCAAUUGUUGGGAUGAACAAAACGAGAUUAUUAUUAUUAUCAAUCAAUAUUAUUCUGCCAAUUAUUAUGUUACAUUUUGGUGUAUGAUAUCUUAUUAAUUAUGGAUGAUGACAUUUCCGAAACCAACCCAAACUAUAUCAUAGAUGGUAUCUCUAAUUCACAACCUAAUUCCGAAUACGACGAUGAUGGACGUCCUAAACGAACUGGAACCGUUUGGACUACAAGCUCUCAUAUAAUAACAGCAGUGAUUGGAUCUGGGGUAUUAUCCUUAGCAUGGGCCAUUGCACAAUUGGGUUGGAUUGCUGGCCCUGUAGUCAUGAUCCUUUUCAGCUUCAUCACUUUGUGCACUUCAUCUAUGCUAUCUCAGUGUUAUCGUUGUGGUGAUCCUUUCUUUGGAAAGAGAAAUUAUACUUUUGUAGAUGCAGUUGGCAACAUUCUUGGCGGGUACAAUACGACGGUUUGUGGAAUAAUUCAAUACAUAUAUCUUUAUGGAAGUGCUAUAGGAUACACAAUUGCAGCUCCUAUUAGCAUAAUGGCAAUAAUAAGGUCUAGUUGUCUCCAUUCGUCAGGAGGAAAAGGCACAUGUCACGUCUCAAGCAACCCAUACAUGAUCGGUUUUGGAGUCAUUGAAAUUUUCUUUUCUCAAAUUCCAGAUUUUCAUGAAACAUGGUGGCUCUCUGUAAUUGCAGCAGUCAUGUCUUUCGCAUAUUCAUUAAUUGGUGUAUUUCUCGCUAUUUCCCAAGUUGCAAAAAACGGUACCUUCAAAGGUACUAUCAAAGGAGGAAGCAUUGGAGUUGUGUCAACAACAAAAAAAGUAUGGGGAAUUUUCCAAGCUCUUGGUGACAUAGCAUUUGCUUAUUCAUACGCACAAAUUCUGAUUGAAGUUCAGGAUACUAUAAAAAAUCCACCAUCAGAAGUAAAAACAAUGAAGAAGGCAACAAUAUUAAGUGUAGCUGUGACGACAACAUUUUACAUGCUCUGUGGUUGUAUGGGCUAUGCUGCAUUUGGAGGAGAAGCACCAGGGAACUUGCUCACAGGAUUUGAUUUAUACAAUCCAGCUUGGCUCAUCGAUGUUGCGAAUGCCGCGGUCGUUAUUCACCUUGUUGGAGCAUAUCAAGUUUAUGUUCAACCUGUUUUUGCAUUCAUUGAGAAAAAUGCAACAACAAAAUGGCCCCAAACAAAUGUGGAUCACAAAAUUCCUAUUCCUGGUUUUGGUCCUUACAAUCUAAAUCUAUUUAGAUUAGUUUGGAGAACAGUAUUUGUUAUCAUAACCACUUUUAUUGCAAUGUUGAUUCCUUUCUUCAAUGAUGUUUUGGGAUUACUUGGAGCAGUGGGGUUUUGGCCUUUAACAGUUUAUUUUCCAGUGGAGAUGUAUAUCUUGCAGAAGCAUAUCUCAAAAUGGAGUUUUAAAUGGGUUUGUCUAAAACUCAUGAGUUUUUUAUGCUUUUUAGUAUCAGCUAUUGCUGCUAUUGGCUCAAUCGCCAGUAUAGUGAAUGACUUAAAGAAAUACAAACCAUUCAGCUCAGAAUAUUGAACCUCUAUUGCCUCCUUAGAUAUUAUAAAAUUAGUGGU